UGUCAACCUAUUCUCACUGCUAAUCAUGUCGUCAAACUCAACAACACCAUUCGAUCCGGACACCUGGUCUUAUCUCAACAACGUACUUGGUGCUCACUAUGCGCUGGUCGCUGCCUUUGCAUGGCUUGCCAUAGAUUGGUUGUUGUGUAUGGGAAUGGAGAUGAAAUACAUCUGGACAGCACCAUGGGGCUCAACAAAGGGUUUGUACCUUUUCACUCGCUAUUUCGGUCUAGCAAUACUGGCACUUCUCGUGAUAACGUUCAACCUGAGUAACGUGAGCCCUUCGAUGUGCAUCGCGUUCUUCCAAAUCGGCACUUGGGGAAGCGUAUGGAUGAUGGGUACUGUCUCCUACAUCCUCCUCCUGCGUAUUCACGCCAUGUACGCCCGUAGCAGGCGUGUAGGCAUCUUCUCCGUUGUUAUCUACUUUGCCCACUUGGUCGCUGCUUUUGGAAUCCUCGGCGUGUCCGUACAAAAAUCCUACACCCCACCGGACACCCUUGCCGAGUUCCCGACGAUGACAGGCUGCUUCGUGAACCAGAGCAAUCCGAUCCUGGUCACAUACUGGAUCUUCCGUCUCUUGUUUGAUGCCAUUCUCCUGCUCAUGGUGGGAUACAAGACUACCCAUCGUUACGUCUCCUACUCCGGCAUCGAUCUCCUCGACGUGAUGAUCAAAGACAACGUCUCGGCGUUCAUCUUUAUCUUCUGCGUUCAGUCCAUCAACCUCUUCGCCUCCCGCCUCGCACCCGUCGAACUCUCCGGGGUCGGCCUCCCCUUCUCCAUCGCCACGGAUAUAAUCAUGUCCACGCGCCUGAUCCUCCAUAUCCGCGAAGCCUUCUUCGGGACUGACGACGAGGAGGAAGAGCAAGGCCUGGACUUCAAGGAUAUCCCCAUGAACCCGCUUCUAGCUGCUAGCAGGAGGGACAAUAGGGACAGGGAGGCCAUGUCCGCUCUGCGCAGCCAGAACCGCGGGAGGCAUAACAGCACCUUCAUUGGCGGCUUUGAAGAUGACGACGAUACGGAGCGCGCACCGGGUGUCAUGGUUACCGUUGAAAUUCAGCGUGAUGAGCCCGGAGCGAGGAGGAGCACGUUUGCCAGGCAGCCGAAUGCGGGUGGGAAUUAG